CCCAGUACAGUUGGCCUACAUUAUCUAUUACUUAGGCCUAACUGUUUAUUGUUAAAGUUCACAGCCUUAUCUAGAGUUUCUAAAUCUAAGUGAAGAUGUAGCUGUAUGUCAAGGAUUAAGAGAAUACCUUGACAGGGUUAUUAUUUAGUUCAAAGGAAGAUGAUCCAACUUAAUGGCACACAAAAUACCUCGUAUUAAAAUCCGUCAACCAAAUGUUGAUGACAAGGAACAACUUGUUAAAAACUCAGAUUAUGAAUUUGAGGAUGAUGAUGACUUGUACCAAUCACGAGUAGAAGGCCUACCUCGUUGCCAGGAAAUGAUUCACAUUACUAAUAUGGAGGAUCAAGCACACCAAAGUGAUGCUUUGGAUAACCAUAUGGGCCAAAAUGAUCAGAUUAUAAACCAACUCUCUGGUCCUGGUCAUGGACAUCCUUUGUUACAUCCUAUGGCAAGAUCAAGACCUACGACAUCAGAAAAAACCAACACUAGACGGCGGGGUCACAUGAAUAAUCUGCCAGAACGAGAUGCCUUGUGUCGUAUUUUAGGGAACGACAUUUCCUCUGAUCGCUUCAUGUCUUCCCAGGGAUCUCCAUACAUGAACAAUCUACUAAAUAUUGUAUCUUCGACCGAGGAUGGCAUGCACCAGAAAAAUAUCAUGUUAUCAAAACGGAUCCCAACCUGGGUGUGGUAUGUACUUGCAAAAUCUCUUGGAAUUAAAUUAUCACCUACAGACAAACCUAUAGCGGCAACAGUGCUUCAUAUUCUGACGAUGUUUAUUGCACUGGCAUUUGCGGUCACUGGACUCUGGUUUAUUGUAAGUGAUAUUUUAAGUGAGUAUUCAAAGACUACUGUUUUGAUUGGCACUGUGGCCGUUGUGUUGGGAUUUUCAUGGAUUUGUAUGGGAAUUUAUUCACACAAACUUGCUGGACGACUUUUCAGUAAUAAAAACUUUGUGGAGUCGGUUCGAAUGCAUGCAAAAACCUUUCUAAAGAUCAGUACCGUGGGUCUGGUCGUCAUUGUUUGUUUGAUCAUCAUCGGUAUCCAGGCGUAUGAAAAUUUUGUCGUUUACACUGGAGAAGGAUCAGCAUGUAAAUUGGCUGAGAUAUAUCCAGUCGUGUGUGAUGUAAUGUAUGGAACAAUGAUAGCGUAUUUAGUUAUCGGAAUGAUCUGGAAUAUUGUUGUGGGAUGUGUUCUCCUAUCUGUUUGCCGAACACAUACAAUUAGUAUCAGAAGAUUUAUGAGAGAGUUGGCCCUGGACUCGAAGAUCUUUGAAAUGAAUCUGAGAAACGAGAUCUUAGGACAAAAGAUAGAAUUAGAUGCUCUACUCGAUAAAAGUAGUCAUUAUGAUGAUCUAUCUGAUUGGUUCGUAUGGGAUGACCGUAUUAACACAGACCCACAGAGUGAUGAUGUCACAUCACAGAAGAUCUUUAUCCAGUCUAUAGUUGGACAGGAAAUGGAACAGAAUAAGGAUGCCUACAUUCCAAAACGACAAAAUUCCAAUACAUCCUCAUCAAGAGACUACAAUGGUCCUGAUUUGCCAGACAUAGAAGAACAGCAAGAAGAGGUACAUAUUAGCGAAGAAAAUUAUACCCAGACAACUGAAGGUGAAGAAGACGGAGAUGCUGAAAGGGACAGAACUCCCACACAGAUAAUGUCGAAUGAAGGGUUGUUAUUUUCCUACUGGAAAUUAAGUCAAAGGUUACGAGUGACAUCACGUUAUCUUCAAAGAUGGCUGUCUAGUUUGAUAUCUUUUAUCCUUAUAUGGUGUGCUGAUUACAUCAUGUAUUGGACUACCCAUAGUGCAACUUUAACAGGAAUACUACAGUUUAUUCUGCCAUUGCUCAUCCUGUUGAUAAUCUGUUCAGCGUAUGCGGAGGUCAACUCAGAAGGUCAACGAAUGCUAAGGUGUAUUUGUCCAACAGAAGAAAGAAUGUCAGUUAUUUAUUUUAUGUCCCAACAACCACUUCAGAUGCAGGUGUUCAGUUUUCCUAUCACCUACAAUGCCUUAUUAGGAGUUAUUCUUGCUUUCUCGGUUGCCAUAGCUUCCAGGAUUAUAUUAGAUGAAGUGCUGAAGUAGUAUUUGCUCAAUAGAGAUGAAAGAGAUCUAUCACAUUUCAACUAGUGUUUAUUCACUACAAAUGGUGUCUUCAUUUAUUUUAUCACUUUAAUGUCUUUCACAACCCUUUUUAUUUUUCAAUUCUUUAUACCUUGUGCCUGUAGAACAAAAUAUAUCGGUUGACCCUAUUUAGGCUAUUAUUUGCCAUUGAACUGGCAAGAUGGCUACCCAGUACCUAUUAUGAUUGGCUGAAAUUGAUCAUGAACGAUACACCCAUAUCAUUAGGGCAAUUUACACUGAACUGCUGUCAUUACACAUUUUAUCACACAAACAGUUUACUUCAAACUUUUUUUUAUGACAAUGUAUGGAAAAUCUUCAUGUGUGGUAUUCAUUAAUUGUAUAAUAUUGUCUUGGCUCCUAAUGAAUAAUUCCGGGACAUGGCUGUUGGACUGAACACAAAUCAACACGCCUCUAAUUUCGAAAUAGGAAGUAUUUAUCUCUUCAGUGCAGGAGAAACACACCAAAGACAUUCAGAACAUAUCCCAGUCUAAUAUAACUAAUAACACUCUGGACAACCAAUUCUAUAAAUCAUCAAUUAUAAUUACUGGUGGCCUUAGACACCCAAGUUUAUAAACCUUUAAUGAAUUGAAAGAAAAUAUUAGUAUAUUUUUAUAUUUAAAAAAUGAUAACUUUAUGAAUUCUGUUAAUAGAAAAUGUCAUUUUUUUUAUAUGGAAAAAACCCCAAUAUAUUUUAUUUUGUUGUAUUAUCUAAAUGUUGUUUACCUGAAGAGUUUAAUAAAAUAAGGACGGUGCUAGUAAUCGACAAAUAAUUUAGUUCUUUUUUCAAAAACUUUUAUAUUAUUGUGUAUUUAAUACCUAAGAAUAGUUAUCUUUAACCUUUCAUAUAUUUUAUAUUAUAUACUGUGUCAGAUGGCCUUUUUCCCCCUACCCAUGUAUACUUUUUUUUAAUUUAUUUAUACCAUAGUCGAUUUAUACUGCACAAAUAAAACAUUUAUUAAAGGAGCAAAACCUGUUUGGUUCUGGUCAAAUUUCUAUACAGUCUUUAUGUAUAAUAUUAAUACUUUGUUUCAUUUUGUUUUUGUUCCUUUUGAUACUUUAUUGGGGGGGAGGGGGUCAAGUGGUGUGGUUUCGGUUCCCCGUGACAAGGAGUAGGGUUGCCUGUCCGACCUUGUGGGUUUUCUCUGGGUUCUCCAGUUUCUUCCCACUGCUAAAGACAAGACCCCUACGCGCAAGUGAAUUAAUGAAAUAAAACUGAACCAUAUGUUAGUUCUGAAAUGACAUCAGGUGGACGUUAAACUGCAUUUCUCUCUCUCCCACUUUCUUGCUUUAUCAUUUCGGUGUAAGGACUGUACCUUUUGCACACUGGUGGCUUUAUAAUGAAGAUCUGGUCGAAAUUAUUUAGUUGGUUGAUUUUGUUGUAUUACUGAACAAUGGGGAGCUAUACAUUACUAUUGCAGGUCCUUGUCACCAUUGAAGAUGAUGACUUGUAUUUCUUCCAAAAAGUAUUAUAUUGCUACUGAUGUAAGUUGUGAUUCACAAUAACGAUUUGUCUUUGAAAUGGAAUUUACAAGUAUUAUUCAUCAAAAUGUAUCUGGUGGAACUACUGUUCUCAAAGGACUUGGCAUUAGAGACCCACUAAAAGUUUAAUACUGUAACAGAACAUAAGCAUGUAUUUAAUUAUGAUUGUAAAAUAACUGGUUUAUAUUUUAGAUAUCAAAAGAUCUUGCCCCUGUUGUUUUAUUUUAUGAAUAAAUUAUUUAAUCUAUG